AUGCUUGUCUUCACUCCCAAUUCACCUUCUUCCGUCACUCCGCCUCUGAUUUUCUUCGUCUUUUUUCUCUCCUCUCUUCUUCUUUCACUCAUCCUUUGCUCUUAUUCGUCUUCUUUCACUCCUUUCUUCUUUCACUCCUUCUUCUUCUUCUUCUUCUUCUUCUUCUUCUUCUUCUUCUUCUUCUUCUUCUUUCAGUCCUCCUUUCUUCCUCAUUCCCUCCUAAUUUCUUCUUUAUCAUUUCUUCUUUUUCUUCUUCUUCUUCUUCUUCUUCUUUCACUAUUCCUUUCUUCUUCUUCCACUCCUCCUCCAUCUUUUAUCACUCUUCCUUUUUCUCUCACCCUUUAUUGUCUUCUUCUACUUCUUUUACUCCUCCUUUCUUCUUUCACACCUCCUUCAUCUUCUUUCACUCUUUCUUUUUUUACUCACCAUUUCUUCUUCUUCUUCUUCUUCUUCUUCUUCUUCUUCUUUUACCCCACCUUUCUUCUUCCUUAUAUAUUAUUUCCGAUUGUUGUUAUCUAUCUAUCUAUCUAUCUAUCUAUCUAUCUAUCUAUCUAUCUAUCUAUCUAUGAGAAUGUCACGAGUACUUUCUCCUAUUCAUUCUAUUACGAUCCAAUUUUCUUCACUCCCGUUCUCUCUCUCCUUCCUUCUUUCUUUGCUUCUAAUCUCCACGAAUUAUUUUCUUUGUCUUUUUACAACAAUUAUAAUGGCUCGAAACUUGCGAAUGAUGCUUUCGUCGAUGAUUAUCUAUCUAUCUAUCUAUCUAUCUAUCUAUCUAUCUAUCUAUCUAUCUAUCUAUCUAUCAGUCUGUUCGUAUCUGUCUCUCUAAACCAAAAUUCCUCCUAUCUAUCUAUCUAUCUAUCUAUCUAUCUAUCUAUCUAUCUAUCUAUCUAUCUAUCUAUCUCUGAAAUUUAUCUAUCUAUCUAUCUAUCUAUCUAUCUAUCUAUCUAUCUAUCUAUCUAUUCUUCCAAAACUAUUAGUGGAUUGCUGCCGAAAUACACAAUUAUCUAUCUAUCUAUCUAUCUAUAUCUAUCUAUCUAUCUAUAUGUAUGA